GUCCCGUCCCGCCCCGGCGGAGGCGGUGCGGGCCAUGGCGAGGCGGCUGUGGCGGCUCUGCAACCUCCUGAUGGCCGCCUUCUUCGGGCUGGCGGCCGCCGUGCAGGUGAACGACCCCGACGCCGAGCUGUGGACGGUUGUCUACUUAGUGCCAGCUGCCCUGACACUGCUUGUCGGCAUUAAUCCUUCAAUAACAGAUAAUGGUGUUUGGAGGAGCCUCUGUGGCCUUCAUUCUGCUGGUUGUAUUGUUGGGACCAUUGUCUUGGCUUGCUCUUUGUUUUCUUACACUCAAGGAAACAUUUUGCAUGAAGAGGAAGGCAGAGAGUUGUUUGGCCUGGUGAUUAUUACAGUGUGGAUGAGCCUUUGUCGCAGUUCAGCAAAGAGUCCACUGAGUGGAGUGAGCUUGACUGCUGCCAUUGUGGUUGCCCUCUUCCCCUUUGUGGCCUGGCUGUACAUUUAUGUGAACAAAGAGAUGCGAGAAUCUUGGCCAACACACUGUAAAACAGUGAUUUAAUUGAUUGGGAGAAAGUAUAGGAUAAAUAUUCUGACCUUACUUGCCUUUGCUUUUGGUCCUUAAUGCAAGGUUAGUAUCAGUUUGAUGGCACCCAAGAACUGGCUGCUUCCAGCAGUGUGGUUUGAGGUUUGUUAAAUUGAGGAACAUUUUGUCAAAUCUGAGAGUUUUUGUAUGGAAACCAUUGCUCAGCAGCUGCUUUAUGCAUUUUCCAAGCACUUUUGAUCUAAUGUGUGUUCUAAUGGUAUAUUCAAGAUACCCUGACAUCCCUGGAUCACUCUCCAGCCACCUCAUACUUUGGGAAAUCUGCUGUUCUGUAACAUAAUGGAAAAGUAAAGCAAACAUUUUGUUUUAAUAAAUGACUAUUUACAGCCAUAAAAGUUCCAGAUAUUUGCCUGGAUAGUCCACUAACUGAAAAAUUGAGCAGUCUGUUAUUUCUGUUCCUGUACUAAAAUCACAUGUAGAAUAUAUCUGCAGAAAUGUUUGUGCUGUUAUCUUGAACUGAAAAUUACUGGUUUUACAGAGUAAUAAAUACUAUUUUUCUAUAGAAAGUUCAGUGAAAGCUUCCAUAUCUUUUAUUUUUUGAGAUGGGUACUCCAUACUGUCACCAGCAGACAUGGUCACUGCCACAGCUCUGCUUCUCACAGAACUGGUAAGCAUUGCCCACACAGCAGCCCAGUGACAGCAUGUUCCAGCACUGCUCAUCCUGCAGAAGGCAGCACAGGUGAAUGCACUGCACACACCAGCUGGCUGGGAGAGAACCACAGCAGGUCCAGAUACAGAACAGCAAUGUGCUUCAGAUCCUUCCACAGCAGGGCUUCUCCCCUCAGCAC